UUGCAGAAGCCGUAUGAGGACCCAUACCUAAAAAAGCAUCCAGGAGGAGUAAACCCUAAGACUGGCGAGAUUGGUGGGCCAGCUGGACCUGAACCAACAAGAUAUGGUGACUGGGAGCGCAAAGGACGCGUCUCAGAUUUCUAG